UUAUUUUACCGUUGUCUGGCAACAAGUGAUCUGUUAGUUGGUCUUGUAAGCCAGCCUCUCACUGCUACUCUUUGGAUGUCGGUUGUUUUCGAAGAGUGGAGACUUUGUCGAUUCGCAUGGGUAGCAGCCUCCAUUUCAGGGUAUGGAUUAUCUCUUAUGUCUUUCUUGACAAUGGCAGCCAUGAGCGUGGACAGACUUCUCGCCCUGUUGUUGGGGCUGAGAUACAAACAAAUUGUAACUUUGAAGCGCACAUAUAUCAUUGUCGUUACUCUUUGGAUUGUAACCUUUGUCGCUACUCUAUGCAACGUGUUAGAUUCUCGUAUAGCGCCUUGGUUUGGUCGAAUUGUCAUCUCAUGUUGCCUAUUAAUCUCGAUUGCUUCAUAUGCUAAGAUUUUCUGUGCUCUUCGCCGUCAUCACACUCAGAUACAAAGUCAUGUUCAACAACAGCCGAGCCAACCAAAUGCAUUGAACAUGGCGCGAUACAGAAAGGCAGUGUACAGUGCACUGUGGGUGCAGUUAGUGUUACUUGCUUGUUAUGUGCCAGUGAUUUUAGUGGGAAUUGUGAUGGCUCAUAUAAAAGGAAAUUCAUCACAUUUAGUCGUCGCUCUUGGAAUAGCGAGUACCCUGGUUUAUUUUAACUCGACUUUGAAUCCGUUUCUUUACUGCUGGAAGAUUAGUGAAGUAAGAAGAGCAGUUAAGAAGACAAUCAGACAAACGCUUUGCUGUCCACGAGGUUAGAUCUUCAAUUAUACUCUUUUUUAGUUGUUUCAAGCGAGUAAGUAACGUGACGAUGCUAUUAGAUAACGCCACCUGCCAGAUAUAUCAUUGAAUAGGAAGAAGUAAGAAGCUUAAUGAAGUCGCUGUACAAAGCUUUUAGAUAUUCUCACCAUACAUCAACAUGGCUCAUUUUGCGCAUGAUAAAGCAAAAUCAUGGAAUCUACACGUUAACGAUAUCGUACGAAUUGGAGAAUGGUAUUCAUCUUAAUUGAGGGAGGCGUUUGACUACAGUCGGCUUGAUACGAAAAAAAAUUCCUUAUCUUAUUAACAACCAAUGAUUUCAAUCGCGGCUUCUGUGGAUAAACUUUAUUUCCAAGUGUACGCACAGCUAAAGGACAGAGAGUCGUAUCACUAACGGCAAUACUUGGGACAAGUAAGUUUCAUACGACGGUAGUUAUUUUGAAUACAACAACCUAUGAUUUGAUCGACAUAAAAAAUGCCGUCCACGCAAAGUAGGGCAAAAAGCGGGACGCUAGUUUGAUUUUACUUACUCGUUUUACUAUCUUAGUGAUAAGAAAGUACAUGUAUAGGAUAAAAUUGAUUCCGAAAGGGUAGUGAAGGAGUGACUUUUAAGUUCUUCUCUUACGGGUGGUGAAAUAAUUUCAAAUUUUUAACCUCACUGCAUGAAAUAAAGUGCAUGACUUUGACACGAUAUUGCCGUACGAACCGUUCAAAGUAAGUCUUGUUAAAGACAAGAAAUCGUAAUUUUUAGCGAAAAAGUCCAAAAUAAAUGGUAUGUUUCAUCAAAAAUUUAAGGCCGGUUAUUUACACAAGGUCUAACCCAAACCUUGGUUUUACGCGAGCAGUGAAAAGCAGGUGUUCUUUAUAAGAGGGUAGAUUAAUCAUAAUAAAUGUCCUUCCUUUAUUAGAUCUCGACCUUCUAGAUACUAUUCACAAAAAUAUAUACCAAGAUGAAAGGUUCAGCUAAAUUGAAGAUGGCUUAGAACGCAGUUUUGUCAAACAACGACUGAACUUUGUUUAAAGAUUAACUUUCGAGAUUCUUUGGUCUCUUGUAGUCUUUCCUGAAGCUAGUAAAAAUUUCCAUUUUUCUGUUUGAUGGCAAAAUAUUUCGUAGAAGUGGAGAAGACUUAUAUUUAUAGCAUUUAUUGGUAGAUAUAGUCGAAAUGGUGCCGAUGGACUCACUAACUUCUAAGAAGCUCAUCGAUAACAUUGUUUGAACAAUGAAAACCCGGAAAGGAUUAAAGGCUAAGCUUUUUUGUGCAAAUAAAGAGAUCAUCUAGAUGACAGGCGAUGAGAAAGGAUUGUUAUUAUUUUGAAGGUGUUUAUCAUUACCCAACACCAGAUUAUCAUAACCAUUUCACAAAGAAAGCUGCAGAAACAGCAAAGGAGAACUAUACAGGCAUCUCCUGAUGGCGAUCGAACUGAGAAACAUCUCACCAAGGUAGAACUAAAUAUUGACUCGAGAUUUCGUUUUUAUCAAAAAUCCUGACGUGAGAAAUAUGAAUCAAGGAUUUCUAACCAAAUAACAAUUUGCGGUGCAUGGCAUUGUUUAAGACGUUUUAUUUUACUAAAAAACCAAACCUGAUUAUCGCUGUUUCUCGUAAAGUUCUCUUUUAAGGAUCAAUCGUUUGUGAAAGACAAAAUUUGCAAAAUGAUCAGAAGAUCCAUGUAAAUCACGUAAAUGGUUCACCAUUUUUUUGGACACAAUUGGCAAUAUUCCCGCGCGUUUCAAACGUGUAAACGCGAUUGAAAAAGUUUUGAUACGAUGAUUCAUAUGAUGAUUCAUAUAAUUAUUCAUAUGAUUAUUCAGUUUCAGUGAUCAACGCAGUUUAAGUGAUUUCUAGGCUGGGCAGGUGCUCUCAAGACGGAACAUUUCAUGUUGCAAUCACACGUAACCUGAAGGAAAGACCAAAACGACUACAGAAUGAUGGCGGAAACAAAUCUAGCCAAAGAUGAAGCACAGCCAAACGCGUUUAAGAUCUUCGGUGCUCCCCUUCUUUGGCAGGUGGAUUACAACCACAGUCAAUCUAUUUCUCAGCUGCAGUUUGCAUUCUCCUCUCCAUCACAACAUUUCUCUUAUCCUUGUUGCCCUUCAAAAGAAAUCUUCCCUUCACCCGCCGUCCAAACCCUUGUGUCGUUACCUGGCAACAACUGACCUAUUGGUUGGUAUUUUUAGCCAGUCUAUGAUGGCUACUUAUUUUAUGUCCUUGGCUAACGAUAACUGGAGUCUUUGUUGAUACGCAAGCGACGCCACCUUCCCAACAAGCUAUACAUUUUGCGGAGUUUCUUUAUUGACGAUGACGACCAUAAGCGUGGACAGGCUUGUAGCCCUAUUGUUGGGACUGAGAUACAGACAAACUGUAACUUUGGAACGCAUAUAUAUCAUGCUAGCUGCCUUUUGGGUUUUAUCAAGUUUAACUGGUUUGUGCUGUAUUUUAAAUUAUCUUAUAGCCCUAUGGCUUGGCCGUAUAAGCAUAUCACUAUUUCUGCUAAUCUCAAUCAUCUCGUACACAAAGAUUGUUCUUACUCUCAGUCAUUAUCAGGCUGAAGUACAACAUCAUGUCCAACAACAGCCGAGCCAACCAAAUGCAUUAAAUAUGGUGAAAUACAGAAAAGCGGUGUACAGUGCACUGUGGGUGCAGUUUGCAUUAGUUGUUUGUUAUUUAACAUAUUUUAUAAUAGAAACUUUGAUCAGUCAAAGUAACACAUAUUCAUUGCACUUAUUCGUCUUCUGGCGGUUAACGAUAGGCUUAGUUUAAGUUAACUCUACAUUAAAUCCGUUACUUUACUGCUGGAAGAUUAGAGAAGUGAGACAAGCAGUGAAGCAGACAAUAAGACAAACUCUUUGCUGUCCGUGGAGCUAGAUCCUUCUCGGGUUUCACUCCUAUCUAUACUUAAUUGCUUCAUGAUGCUUCUGGAUACUGAAUGUUUGUCGGAUCUUAAAUGCAAAGGAAUAUAUGAAAAACUGGAAAAACAUCCUGCCUCACUUAUUAUGGAAGAUAAUUUGCAGGAAAAUUUUCCCGCGAGAGGCAAUGUUUCUAUCCUUCAUGGUCCAGUAACAUAAAACUUUUGUAUCUAUAAAAGGAACUUUUAGAGUUUAUCGACGGAAUAACAUAUCAGUGAGAGAAUUACUCGUUACAAAGAAAAUGACAAAGAGUUAUAUUUAAUGCAACUGUGGGAGGAAAUUGGCUUCUCUUGUGACAUAAUUGAGUAUUGGAAUUGUAAAUGAUUUAAUUUUGGAGGAAUGUGGGCUUCAAUCUUGAAGCGAAAUGUUUCCUAUAUCAUAAAUCAUUUCUUGAACAAGCUUGUUCGGUCAAGAUGUCUGGUUAAUAAUAAUAAUGUUGCAAGAUGCUGCGUUGAAAUGUUGCGUGCGUGUGGCCGGGCCUUGAGAAAAAAGGGUUUGAGUGAUCGUGACCAGCCAGGUGCUUUUGAUAGGAAACAUCUGUCGUUGCAAAUACAGGUAACUAGCGGGUAAAAGGAAACGACCGUAUAUUGAACUGCAUGGCGACAACUAAUUUUAUAGGAGGCUAGGUGUAACACAAAGGAACACCAGGUUUGGAAAGUGGCUUUUCAACCUUUCUGGCUGAUGAGUUGCCGGCAUCAAUCAGCCAUUUCCUUCUCUGCGGUGUACUUUCUCCUCCCAUCACAGCAUCUCCUAGCAAUUCUCAUGUCCUUGUUAUAAACAGUUUUCAACUUGAAUUUGUUUUGUCAUUAGAAAAAUAUUCACAUUGCUUAUGAAUGUUUGAAAAUGUCAUUGAUAAUAACAAACAUUGUGUAAGGGGGUGUAUGGAUUUAAAUAAACACUUUCCUUUUCUUAAUUAAUUCUUUCCAAAACUUCCAAUUUUCAGAGAUUAAACGUAAGACUCCAUCUUCUCCACUCAGCUAAAGGUGAAUUUCUACCCGAGAAGACGACGUUUAAAAUAAUUGUGAAAUACUGAUAGUAUCAAAGAUGUCUGUCUGUACGUUUGACUCUUAAAGCUCAUUUGUUCCUAUUUUUGUCACGUUUCCUAAUGAUCUUUCAUCGAUAGGGAGCUAGUCAAGUGUCCAUAUCAUCUGUAUAAAAUUUUGCAUCAAACCAUUAAAAUGUUAAUGAAUUCUAAUAUUAAAAAGAAGCUUAAAUCUGAGGGGUUCCGGAAAAAAGCAAUCAACUCUUUGGCACAACAGACAAUUUGUUUACGCACUUUGAACAAGCAAACGCUGAUGAGGAAGUCUCUAUGUGUUUAUUGAAGGAAGGUUCAGUCAUCGUUGCACAGCUUGGGCUGUUUAAGCGAAAUAUUUCUCGUUGCCAGUUGCCUCAGUACAAGAAAAAGGAAACGAUUACAGAACAAUGUCGACAACAAAGUUCACUAGGAGUGGAACACAGACGAAAACAUUUGUAGAACUGUUAUGCACCCCAUCUUUUGGAGGUGGAUUACAUGAAAUAUUUACUUUUUUCUCAGCAGUGCACAUUCUCCUCUCCAUCACAGCAUUCGUUACGAAUUCUUUCAUCGCUGUUGCCCUUCACAAGGAAUCUUCCCUCCAUCGACCGUCCAAACUCUUGUAUUGUUCUCUGGCAACAACUGACCUGUUGGUUGGUCUUGUUGCCCAGCCUCUCUAUGCUACUUAUUGGGUGUCCUUAGUUCAGGAACACUGGAGCCUUUGUCGAUACGCAUUUGACGCACUCUACAUCAUGGGGUCUGCAUUGUUUUUAGUGUCUUUGAUGACGAUGACGGCUAUAAGCGUGGACAGACUUCUCGCCCUAUUGUUGGGGCUGAGGUACAAACAAAUUGUAACUUUGAAGCGCACAUAUAUCAUUGUAGCUACCAUCUGGAUUUUGGCUAUUGUCUCUUCUUUAUGGGCUUUACUUGAUGACCGUAUAAUUCUUUUGCACCGUCUCAUAACUACACCACUUUGCCUGCUUAUUUCACUUGCAUCAUACACAAAGAUUUUUCGCACUCUCAGAUAUCAUCAGGUUCAGGCAGAAGAUCCCGUUCAACAACAGCCGAGCCAACUAAAUGUACUGAACAUAGCUCAAUACAGAAAAGCAGUGUAUAGUGCACUGUGGGUGCAGUUAGCAUUAGUUGUUUGUUUUGCACCAUUCUUUAUCGUGGUAACCGUGAUUGCACACAGUAAAACACAUUCAUCGCACUUGGUCAUCCUAUGGGGAAUAGCCGAUGUCUUGGUUUACUUUAACUCGACGUUAAACCCGUUUCUUUACUGCUGGAGGAUAAGUGAAGUAAGACAAGCAGUAAAGCAGACAAUCAGACAAGCACUUUGCUGUCCAUGGAGUUAGACCAUCUUGAGUUUUACCCGAUCGUACUGGUACUUUCAGUUCAAAACUGACUGAUAGGGAACGCUCGUCAAUCAGCUACACCAUGAUAUAUAUCUUUGCUCGAGAUCUCUCGAUUGUAUUUUUCGCACCUUAACAACUAAAGGGAAGGCAACCGAAAAACUAACCAUAAAUUUUUAAAAAUAGAUUUAGUGCUACCUCACAUUAUCAUGAUUAGAUCAAUUCAUAAUCUAAGAAAAGAUAUGCGCGCGCAGGAUCAUACUCACGGUUGUUAUUAUAAGAAAGUGUAAGGAACAAAAUUGAAGCAAGAACGGUUAGUACAAAGUUCUCUUUCAGGUUCACCGUUUUGCUGAAAUUAUAUGCUAAAGGGAAAAAGGAAUAUUGAAUGAAAAAAAAAAGAAAACAUAGACUUUUAAAAUAUCAGAUAGAAAGGGUCGCUUUAUUUCCAGUUUGAACAGCGAGAAUAUUUCCAAUUUAUUAUCGGGCCUAGAAAUAGCAGUAUAUCUAAAUAUACUGCUUAUUACUUAACUUAAAAAAAAAGUCGCAGUCGAGUUCCUUUAUUGUUUUGAAAACAGUAAUACAGCUGAUGUCUUCAUUUUUGCCAAGGGAUAUGACUUUAGUUUUAAUUUGUACUUGAAGUAAAUUUUACUGAUUGAAGUAAACAGCUAAUAGCGGCCAAUUUAAACACAGCGGUCAAACACUGCGCAUGCACGUGUUUUGAAACGCAUGUAUUAUGUGAAGUGAAGAAAGAAAGGUUAAAUUCUUAACUAUUCCAAAUUGAAUGCGUGACACAGUUGAAUGAGGGAUUUCGGAGAAAGCUUAAAUCUUGGUCUUAUUUUAUAGUGAGAUAUCUCAACUUAAUUUUAACGCAGACACCUUGUUCCGGCGAUGAAGGCAAAUUACAGAACCUUUCUUCUACCUUUGUCGGCACGGCCAAGCUUACGACUUCAUCACGCCGCCAAGCAAAGUGUAAAAAAAAUUACGAGAGUGCAAAUUAGAUCAACAAUGUGUAUAAUUCUAGGCCUUAGAAAAUUUGAGCUUUCCUAAGACACAGCAAAAAACUACGCAUUAUUUAGAUUCUCAAUGUUGACCAUAGCAAAUUAUCCAUCCAGAAGCGCAUGCGUAAUCAUUUGACCGCUGUGUUGCCCAUCUACUACUGUUUAGUAGUCAAGUUGUAGUCGCUAUUCGGAAUAAUUAAAGAAGAGAAAAGUGGGAAGGAGAAGUUCCAGGGAAAGAACUUUACACAAGAAUCAAAUAAGUUGUUGAAUUUUUUUAACAAUGAAGGCACUCGUGUGGUUUGCUUCUCAGCUAUUUCCUCAUCGGUGAAUAAAAUAGCGGAUCAAAAGUUAAAAUGAAUAACGUAGAGUCGAAAGAAAAGUAAAUAUGUUACGAAAUGAAUAAUCUAGUAUUUUCAUAACAGAGGCACCCAAAGGUUCUUGGGAAAAUUGGUUUUUUUACCCAACAGAAAUUUUUUUAUGCGACUGUCAGCUAGGACGCAGGGGAAACGCCGAAGACAGAAUUAUGUCCCCAACAAAUUUAAGUAGCGGUGGAAGUCACACGAAAUCAUUUCAUGAACUGCUAUGCUCUCCCUCUUUGGUAGGUGGGCUUCAACAACAACUACCAAUUUGCUUCGUAGCGGUUGACAUUCUCCUCUCCAUUACAGCAUUUUUUGGAAAUUCUCUCAUCCUUGUUUCCCUUUACAAAGAAUCUUUCUUACAUCCGCCGUCCAAACUCCUGUAUCGUUGUCUGGCAACCACUGAUCUGUUGGUUGGUCUUAUUACCCAGCCUCACAUGGCUCUACAUUGGAUGUCCGCGUCUCAAGAACACUGGAGCCUUUGUCGAUACGCAAGGGACGCAGUCGACAUCACAGGCUAUGUAUUUAUUUUAGUGUCUUUGAUGACGAUGACAGCCAUAAGCGUGGACAGACUUCUCGCCCUGUUGUUGGGACUGAGAUACAAACAACUUGUAACUUUGAAGCGCAUGUAUAUUAUUGUAACUACCUUUUGGGUUUUUAACCUUGUGGCCUCUUUAAGUGGAUUUUUCGAUCACCGUGUAACCUAUUUGUACAGCAGCCUAGUUAUAUCAUUUUGCCUGGUAAUAUCACUCGCAUCCUACACAAAGAUUUUUUGCACUCUCAGAUAUCAUCAAGCACAAGUGGGAGAUCAACAACAGCCGAGCCAGACAAAUGCACUGAACAUGGCGCGAUUUAGAAAGGCAGUAUACAGUGCACUGUGGGUACAGUUAGCAUUAGUAGUUUGUUAUGCACCAAUAUGUACAGUGUCAAUUGUGAUCGCUUAUACUAAAAAAUAUUCAUUACUCUUAGUCGUCACACGGAAAGUAGCAUUUAUUUUACUUUUCUUUAACUCGACGUUAAACCCGUUUCUUUAUUGCUGGAAGAUAAGUGAAGUGAGACAAGCAGUGAAGCAGACAAUUAAAGAAGCACUUUGCUGA